CUCUAUCCAAAUAUAACAUGAAAAUGACUCACAAUCCACUUCGAUCUUUGUUCAUCUCGCAUUCUGAUCAGACAUACAGACACAAUACCAGAUUCUUUCGGCCUAUACUCUGGAUCUCAUCUCAGGAUUCUCGUCACCCUAUAGUCAAACUACAUGGACUUCAACCCAUAAGGAUUUUGGUCAUCAUAUAUACCGAAAUAAAUAAGCACGCUCAUUACAUCACACCAAGUUCCCAUCAUUACAACAAUUAUUAAACAUAUAUAAUAAUAAAAAAUACCCUUCAAGCUGAGAAAUUUGAUUUGCUUGUAUAAUCAUGUAACUUAAACCAUCUUAUAAUGAUGAAAUGAGGUCACGGAUGGAGGAAUUUUUGGUUGUGAGUUGUUACCCUUUUUUGGGCAAACCCAUGAAAGCGGAAAAAGUGCCAAAGUGAAUAAGAGCAAACUGUGACCACCAGAAAGUCAAAUCGGUAUGUUUGCAACUUGCAAUUUUGUUCCUUUUCCCUCUUUUUUCCUUUGAGAUGGGUUUCUGCCAAGUUGCGUUAUGGGUUUUUCGGGUGAGAGUUUGGGCAAAACAUUAUUUCGUACCAAAACAAAAUCGUCAUAAUCUCCUUUUGUCUUUUGCCUUUUUUCUUUUCCACGUAGGGUGUCAUGUGUAAUUAUUUACUUUUUAAUUAAUUAAUUAUGGGUUGUUAGAGGUAGGAUUAUGACGUGAUUAGUGGGUUAGUGGUUAACUAGAAUUUAGGGACUUUAGCUUAAUGAUAGGCGUUUUACGUUCAGUUCACUAGGUGUAGGAUUAUUAGAGUUUUCAUUCUCUAUUUAAAGUAGAUGUAUGAGCAGAGGAAAAGGAUCAAUCAAGUAUAAUCAAGAAAAGGGUUUUACACACCUACGUGUUAAUUUGGGAGGUUGGCUUUCCUCGAAAAAGUUUAGGGGUUCCGUUCUCGCCAUUAAGGAGAACACUUCUCUUCUACCAAUCUAUCUAUCUUUCCUCUAUUCUUCUUCUUCCUAUUCCAAUCUUUCUCCGUAAAUCAUAUUCUCCGAAAAGUGCACGUAACAUAGGGUUAUUGAGUGCCUCCUCUACUAUGAUGCUCGAACGAAGAAGUCCAUAUACUUGGUGAUUCGUUACAAAAUACUUAUUCAUUUCACACGGUCAAUCUCAGUAGUGACUCGUUUAGACACAAUUCGUAGCAAAGUGACUAAAACAUAGAUAAAGGAGUGUAACAUAAGGACAUCAUGUUUGUUAAAAAUGUUUCUUUUUUAAGGUUGAAACAAAUACAAUUAUUGUAAGACCUUAGUUAAAUCCCACAUCGACAAAGCACGAGAGAAAUCCAUGGUUCAUAAGUAGGAAACCGGCGUUAACUGACAAGACACGUUUUGGGGUGUAAUGGAGGAGUUCUUGUGAGAACUCCGAAGUUAAGCGUGCUUGGUGCGGAGCACAACAAGGAUGGGUGACCUUACGGGAAGUCACCCUGAAUUGCACCCCAAGUCGAAAACCGUGCAGGUGUAGAGGCCCAAAGCGGACAGUUUCUUGUCGGGAAAAUGUUCGGGAUGUUACAAUUAUAGCCAACUUAAAAAAAAAAAAAUGUAACGCCUCUCUUCCUUUAUAAAUGUACCCGUGCCUCAUGUUCACCCCAAAAACACAUCAUAUCUCAUUCACUCACUCAACACCCAAACCAAAAAAAGGAAAAAAAAACACCAACAAAUAAUAAUGACACCACCUCCACCGCCGCCGCAGCUCCUCUCCGCCGCCGCCAUCUUCUUCAUUCUCGCGGCCUCCACCUGCUUCCCGCCCUCCUCCGCCGCCGCAAAGUCGAACAGCGCGGGGAUAAAAGGGGCGUUCGUCUUCGGUUCGUCGCUGGUGGACAAUGGCAACAACAAUUUCCUGGCCAAGGCGCUGGCCAAGUCCAAUUACCCGCCGUACGGCAUCGACUUCGCCGGCGGCGUGCCCACCGGCAGGUACACCAACGGCAAGAACGUCGUCGAUUUCAUCACCGACCAGCUCGGGAUCCCCCCGCUCCCGCCGUCACGCGACCCUUCCACCGCCGGCACCGUCCGCGGCGUCGACUUCGCCUCCGGCGGGUCGGGGAUCCUCGACGAAACCGGCGCCAUCACUGGCCAAGUGAUAAGUUUGAAUGAACAGAUCAAAGACUUUGAAACUUCAACUCUGCCAGAACUGGAGAAGCUGUUGGGUUGCCAGAGGGAAGAGUUACUGCCUGAUUACCUGUUUGUGGUUGGAACAGGUGGCAACGAUUACACUCUUAAUUACUUCCUUAAUCUCACUAAUCCUCGUCCAAAUCUCGACAACUUCACUUCCAAUCUCAUCUCCUCACUAUCUGCCAAGCUCCUGCAUCUGCGGGGAUUAGGAGCUCGAAAGUUCGCUCUAAUGGCGAUCUACCCGCUCGGCUGCACCCCUUCCGCGAGGCAGAGGAGCCCCGGUGGCACCACCGGAUGCAUCGCUCCGCUGAACUUCGCGGCUCAGCUCUUCAAUACCAAGCUCAAGUCUAUGGUGGACACCCUGAAUCAACAGUACCCUGAUUCUAAGUUCGUCAUGAUCGACGCCUAUAGGAUUAUCGACCAAAUUCUCAACAAACCGGUCUUAGCAGGAUUUAGUGACACAGUCAAUCCAUGCUGCGAAGCAACAACGAUCUUAUGCAAUAGAGGUGGAGCUGCUUGCGAUAAUAGGAGAGCGUACGUGUUCUUCGACGGUCUCCAUACGACAGACGCAGUGAACCUCCAGAUAGCGACUAGGGCAUAUGGUUCCACUUGCAAGGAUGAUGUCUAUCCGAUCAAUAUCGGGCAACUGGCGAUGCUCUAGGACGACUACUCUGGCAGACUAAGAAGUUUAGCUUCCUCUAAUUCCACUGUUACAAACUAAAAUGAUAAUGUUCCCUUCUGAUGCUCACUACCUGAUAGCUGAUGAAUAAAAGUAACUUGAAGAACGAACUGAAUUAAGUUAAGAAGGAGCUGAAAUAGAAUCAAACAAGAAAACUGAAAGCUUGAGAUUAAGGUUUGAAACUAGAAAAAGGAGCUGAAAUAGAAUCAAACAAGAAAACUGAAAGCUUGAG